CACUUGGGCGCCCCUGGCCAUGGCGGCGAAGGUGGACCUGAACACCUCCACCGACUGGAAGGAGGCAAAAUCGUUUCUGAAGGGCCUGAGUGACAAGCAGCGGGAGGAGCACUACUUCUGCCAGGACUUCAUCCGGCUGAAGAAGGUCCCCACCUGGAAGGAGACGGCGAAAGGGCUGACCGUGAAGGUGGAGGAGCCCAAGUACAAAAAGGACAAGCACCUCAACGAGAAGAUCUCCCUGUUCCGCGGCGACAUCACCAAGCUGGAGGUGGACGCCAUCGUCAACGCCGAAGACAAACCUCACGUGCAGGGCCAUCCAGACCCCUCCCCACGGCUCUCAGCAUCUCUGUGAGCUGCAAGGCACCAGGUUCCUCAUCCAAAGAACCCCCCACCCACUGCGGUCUGGCGCCCGGCCCUGGACGCCGGGUGGGCGUCUCAGCGGGCACACUGGCCUGCUGGCAGGUGGCGUGCUGGGUCAGGUAGAAAAAAAGCUAAGGCUAGUGCCUGGCUGGUGUGGCUCAGUGAUUGAGCGUCGACCUAUGAACCAGGAGG